UUUCCCCUGAAGGUACUGCAAAGCGCGGACUUCAGCUUCGUUCUGGGAGGCCCAUUUGAUGAGGAUUCCAGGCGCGUAGCGCGAGACGCGUUUUUCGCCGUGGUCGGUGAGACAGUCAAGGGCGGCGAGCUCCCCGGGGGUGACUGCGGGGAAUUAACAGUAGCUUACUGUCUCUACUUCCAUCCUGGGCAAGAAUUUGAAACGUAA